GUUCUGUCACUCACCAGCAAUAUCCCUGCGUCGUGGCGCUCACCCACACGCCUUUGUGAAAUGUCUCAUUAUGCCGGUGGAAGAGAUACUCGCGUGAAUGCGCUUUUUCAGGGAUGGUGACAACAGGAGGCUUUAAGUCCAUUCACUACCGCAAGGAUCAAUGGCACUUCUGCCAAAGGCUUUGCUCACAGAUACAGUAACGCAUGUCAGCACUUUCUGAGCUUAGAGGGUCUCCCUUGCGAGGUUUCUCACGCUUGCCUGGAAACAUACCUUCGAAAGAUAGUCUCCCAGGACGGGAGCCCAGACACAGAGGAGCCUGUCUAAGAGCUUAUUUCAAGUCUCUGAAGAGGCUCUAACAUGAAAAACAAAAAUCUCAGUGAAAACUGAACCGAAUGGGGAUUGAGCUGGUCUGCCUGUUCCUGCUACUUCUAGGAAGGAAUGAUCGCGUCCAAGGUGACUGUGCCUGGGGUGGUGCAGAAACCUGCUCAGACUGCUUGCUCUCCGGACCUCACUGUGCCUGGUGCUCCCAGGAGAAUUUCACCCACCUGUCUGGAGCUGGCGAAAGGUGUGACACCCCAGCAAAUCUUUUAGCCAAAGGAUGUCAAUUACCCUUCAUCGAAAACCCUGUCUCCCAAGUAGAAAUACUUCAAAAUAAGCCUCUCAGCGUGGGCCGACAGCAGAAUAGUUCCGACAUCGUUCAGAUUGCUCCGCAAAGCUUGGUUCUUAAACUGAGGCCAGGCGCUGAGCAGACUCUGCAAGUUCAGGUCCGCCAGACGGAAGAUUACCCAGUAGAUCUGUAUUACCUCAUGGACCUCUCCGCCUCCAUGGACGACGACCUCAACACAAUCAAAGAGCUGGGCUCCCGGCUUGCCAAGGAGAUGUCCAAAUUAACCAGCAACUUCAGACUGGGCUUCGGAUCGUUUGUGGAAAAGCCCGUUUCUCCUUUUAUGAAGACAACGCCGGAGGAAAUCACCAACCCUUGCAGUAGUAUUCCCUACUUCUGUUUACCUACAUUUGGAUUCAAGCACAUUUUGCCAUUGACUGAUGAUGCCGAGAGAUUCAAUGAAAUAGUGAGGAAACAGAAGAUUUCUGCAAAUAUUGACACGCCUGAAGGUGGAUUUGAUGCAAUUAUGCAGGCUGCUGUGUGUAAGGAAAGGAUUGGCUGGCGCAACGACUCGCUCCACCUCCUGGUUUUUGUGAGUGACGCGGAUUCUCAUUUUGGAAUGGACAGCAAGCUGGCGGGCAUUGUCAUUCCCAACGACGGGCUCUGUCACUUGGACAGCAGGAAUGAAUACUCCAUGUCAACUGUCUUGGAAUAUCCAACAAUCGGCCAACUCAUUGAUAAACUGGUCCAAAACAAUGUGCUGCUGAUCUUUGCCGUCACCCAAGAACAAGUCCACUUGUACGAGAGUUAUGCAAAACUCAUUCCUGGAGCGACCGUGGGACUGCUUCAGAAAGACUCUGGGAACAUCCUUCAGCUGAUCAUCUCUGCGUAUGAAGAACUGCGGUCUGAGGUGGAACUGGAAGUGUUGGGAGACACAGAAGGGCUCAACCUGUCUUUCACGGCUGUCUGUGGCAAUGGCGUCCUCUUCCCACACCAAAAGAAGUGCUCCCACAUGAAAGUUGGGGACACGGCCUCCUUCAAUGUGACGGUGAGCAUAUCCAACUGUGAGAAGAGGAGCCGGAGCCUUGUCGUGAAGCCCGUGGGGCUGGGGGACGCCCUGGAAAUCCUCGUCAGUGCCGAGUGCGACUGCGAAUGCCAGAGGGACGUAGAGGUCAACAGCUCCCGGUGCCACCACGGGAACGGCUCCUUCCAGUGCGGGGUGUGCGCCUGCCACCCGGGCCACAUGGGUCCUCGCUGCGAGUGCGGCGAGGACACGGUGAGCGCGGACGCCUGCAAGGAGUCCCCGGCCCACGCCUCGUGCAGCGGAAGGGGCGACUGCUACUGCGGCCAGUGCGUCUGCCACCUGUCGCCCUACGGGAGCAUCUACGGCUCGCACUGCCAGUGCGACAACUUCUCCUGCCUGAGACACAAGGGCCUGCUCUGCGGAGACAACGGCGACUGCGACUGUGGCGAAUGCGUGUGCCGGGAAGGCUGGACGGGCGAGUACUGUAACUGCACAACCAGCAGGGACUCGUGCACGUCAGAGGACGGAGUGCUGUGCAGUGGCCGCGGCGACUGCGUCUGCGGCAAGUGUGUCUGCAGGAACCCCGGGGCCUCGGGCCCCACCUGUGAACGCUGUCCGACCUGCGGUGACCCCUGUGACUCUAAACGGAGCUGUAUCGAGUGUUACCUGUCUGCGGACGGCCAGGCGCAAGAAGAGUGUGUGGACAAGUGCAAAGCCACCGGGGCCACCAUCAGCGAGGAAGAUUUUUCGAAGGAUACUUCUGUUUCCUGCUCUCUACAAGGAGAAAAUGAAUGUCUUAUUACAUUCCUAAUAACUGCAGAUAACGAAGGGAAGACCAUCAUUCAUAACAUCAGCGAACAAGACUGUCCCAAACCUCCAAACAUCCCCAUGAUCAUGUUGGGAGUGUCGCUGGCUAUCCUGCUCAUCGGAGUGGUCCUGCUGUGUAUUUGGAAGCUGCUGGUAUCAUUUCACGAUCGGAAGGAAGUUGCUAAAUUUGAAGCGGAGCGAUCAAAGGCCAAGUGGCAAACGGGAACCAACCCGCUGUACAGAGGCUCCACCAGCACUUUUAAGAACGUGACCUACAAACACAGGGAGAAGCACAAGGCAGGCCUUUCCACAGACGGGUAGGCAGGCCCACUUCAGCCAGAGUCAACUUGACCGACGUUAAAGGUUAAUUCGCUGUUUGAUUUGUCUUUCUUUGUUGCUUCAAAAGGAGCUUGACUUAAGAUAGUAAGGGGUCACUUGGAGAUUAGUCAUUCUCGGCGUGAAGGUGAGACACUGUUGGCAGGUUUGAAAUAAUCAAGAGAAGACUAUCCUAAGCAAAGAGGUGAAUUCAAGAUCGCUUGAAGAAGAUGAGCUCUGUUGCAUUAAUGCCUCAAAAAAAAAAUCAUCAAAAUGAUUCAUGGGGACUUGAUUUGCAUUUGAAAAAUGUUCAGAAUUAGAAUCUCAUUUGCUUCCUGAAUCCGGUUACCUAAAGUCUUUGUCUCCACAAAGUCGCUCAGUCUUUAUGUAUGCACCAUGUAUCCAUACUGGCUGUUUAUUCUAAACUUGCAGAAAAUCCCUUUUCCUCAUGGAUUUUUUUUUUUUUUUUUUGGUUUUUUGAGACAGGGUCUCUCUACAAAACCCUGGCUGUUCUGGAACUGACCAGACAGCCUUGCCCUUGAACUCACAACCAUCUGCCUGUCUCUGCCUCCUGGGUGUUGGGAUUAAAGGCAUGCCUCAUCAUGCUCAGCAAUUUUGUUUUUUUAAGAAUGAGAAAUGAGAGUCUGGUUUCCCAUCUGCUUAAAGGAUGCAGCUCUUCCAGUGAUAUCCCAAGUGAAAGAUUGAAAACUUAGUGUUAAUAAUUGCCGUGGAUUUGUACACACUUGAAAGUCAUGUAUGCAAACAAUUGUUUUGUUCCACAGAUGAAAAAAAGAAGUAAUUUAUCAGCUAUGUUGCUAGCAAAACUGAACAUACGGGUCUUUUAUGCUCAACUUCAUUCUUGUAGCCAAGUUUCUCUCCUGUUACCCCACAUUUCUCAAUUAUUUCUCUCAACUACACAGUCUUCAAAACUCCACAACUGUCAUUCAUUUAAAAAUAACCUUAGGCUGGUAGCUCAUCAAAUGGUGUUUCGGGAAUGUAAAAGGAACCUGGGUAACAGAAUAAAAGGUCACAUGGCUUUACAUCAAGUGUGUCACGACUGAGGAAGUCCCUCCUGAAAGUCUGGGCUUCCUGAAGGACAUUCCUAUCCCAUCUGCACCACCUAGCAUGGAGAGAGAGGACAUGUCACCCACUUGCUCUGAAAAAGGAAGAAAAUCGAAAUCUACACAAGCGAUGAGCAGACUGGAGAGCUAGUGUCUGGAGAAUUUCACGUCUUAGGGUUACUGCUGUAUGAUGAAGCACUUGGCUCUGACAUCUUACAUCUCCACAGAGAAGUUGAGAGGGUGGACAGGAGAGCUGAGUACAGUCUCUCCAUCGUCUAACUCCAAGCCCUUCUGACUCUCUCCUGCAUGAGGCCCUUUUGUCAGUAAAAUGAUAGGAGGAUUGUGUUAGUUAUGGUAUAACUAUCUUAGUUUGAAAGUGUAUUGACACAGAACAAAUAGCACUUAUGUCCCUGGAGCGUGGGCCAGUUGCUGUAUUUUUUGUGAGGUGAGUUUUGCCUUCACUGGAUAUUAACGUGAAGCCAUUUACUAGGUGAAAUGUUACAGGAGGCUUCAACAGCUGUCCGUUGAAUUAUCAGCUUAGUCUCAAAGCUCCUUCACACCUCCCAUAUAGUUCUUUGUGGUUUUUGAUCUUUUCUGGUUUUUUUUUUGUUUUGUAUUGUUUUGUUUUUUAACUCAGGUAUAUCAGUCAGUUAGGGAGUACACAGCUACAUUUAACAGAGAAAUUCUAGGGAAUCUCCUUGGAUCCCUGAAUGGUCCAAGCCCUUGGAGUUUUAGGCAAACAGAAGAUAACCCAGCGAUCUGCUGUACUGCCGCCACUACCAGGAGCUGUCUGUGCUGUUUGUGUGAUAUUGCUGAAAUGAGAUUUUAGAAAACAGAAGUUUCUUUCAUGUGUGUAUUUUGAAGAAUGUGUUCUUUCUCUAAAUACUGUUUUGACCAAAGGCAGGACCUUAAAAAGGCCAAAACAUUAACAGUAGCGCUGCUGUUCACUGAAGAAAUAUGUUACAUGAAGAUAAAAUGGUUGUUUUUUAAGUGGUUUUGUUGUAUUUUGCAUUGUCAUAAAUAAACAGAAUUUAAACAAUGAA